AUGCCCAAACGUGGUUCUUCGACAUCUGGCACUGUCGCAGCUGUACCACGUAAAAAACAGAAAAAUGUUGAACUAAAAAAUGGUCACAACGAUGAAGAGCAAGAUGAAAAUCUACCACCAGAACAUAGUACUUAUUCGUCUCAAUUUUUUCAACAAAAUACUGAUUUACAUAAAAAUGCUGGUACUAUUCUUAGAGUUAGUGUAAAAAAUUUUAUGUGUCAUACAUUCCUUGAAUUUGAUUUUAAUGAAAACCUUAAUAUGGUUAUUGGCAAUAACGGCAGUGGUAAAUCUGCAGUAAUGAAUGCAAUCACAUUGACUUUAGGUGGUCGUGCAACAAGUACAAGUCGUUGUUCGAAUAUCAGUCGUUUUAUCCAACAUGGCAAAGGGCAAAUAUUCGAAAUUCACUUUUUUAUUAAUUAG